AUGAGCCCGGAAGAGGUAGGUGCCCAGAUCCUGCACGUACUAACUCCAGAUCGACCGCGAUCUGGCCGAUCUCGACCUUUUGCGACAGCGGCGCGAUUUUCUGGCCAGCAAGACGGAGCAGAAGUACCAAAAUCAGCUGUCAGUGACGAAUUCCAACAUAAACGAGCUAGUCGCCAAGCUCGAAGCGCGCAAAGACAGCAUGACCCGCGAGCAGCGACGACGUCACAUAUCCAAUGGAUCGUGCAAUCCCUUGACGGCAAAGAUGCUCGCCAGUAUGAGAGUUUACAGAAAGACCUCCGCAGGGCUCUUGUGAGCUCUGAUUCCCGCCUUGGCGUGUCUUUGCGGUCAAUGUCCGCACCAGUCAGUUUCCAUGCACAGCAUCGUGCAAACAUGUUUUCUGCGCUGGUUCUCACGCAGCGUGCACACAUCGAAGAGGAUCGGGAAUACGUAUAUGGUUGA